AUGAAGCUUCUGUUCUCGUUGGGAGGUACCAAAAAGGCCGAUGACUCUAGUAUACUGGCUACUGUUGUUCUCGAAGAGUUCGUUCACGAUCAAGACGAGGACGAGUACGUCUUUGAAGUCACUUCGGACCAUGCUAGUGAAGUGAAGAAGCUUGUCAUCCCUUCGCUUCGUACUCAACUCAUGAAGUUUCAGAAUGACUUGAUCAGUGCUCACGAGAAGGACAUUCAACAUUCCUCUGGUCAUUAA